AGGCAUGAGAUUCCUGUCUCCUAUCUCUUUCUUUUUUCCAUGUACUUCAACAACCAAACAAGAAAAUUUACCAUAAGUAAAUCCAUAAAUGGUAGCAAUCCUUUCACCUCAACAACUCCACUCACAGUCUAUACUCUCUCUGUCUAUCUCUCUGCAAAAUCCCACAACUCAUUGUUGUCAUCUCCAUCUCCUGUAAAGUUUCAAUCAUUCAUUAUUAGCUUAUGCUUUCGGUCACCGAACAACUAUAACUGUAGUUGGUCACCGUAUCCUCUCUUUUUUUGCAUCUUUAUCACACUAUGAAUAUGUAGUCUGAGUUUCAGAAUCCAUUCACGGGAAAAUUAUGGGUUUCAGUGCUGGAUAUGUCCCUUUUUUUGCCUCCAUUUGUGUUCUUGUUCUGGUUUAUCCUUCUCUUGCUCUCAACAGAGAUGGGAUUCUUCUGCUUUCUUUCAAAUACUCAGUCCUCAGUGACCCAUUAUCCGUCUUGGAAAGCUGGAACUACGACGAUCAAACGCCAUGUUCAUGGAAUGGAGUGACAUGCAGUGAAAUCGGCAACCCGGGUACGGCGGAGAUAUUCAGAGUCACCGGUUUGGUCCUCCCUAACAGUCAGCUUUUGGGUUCAGUUUCUGAAGACUUGGGCUUUAUUGAACACCUCCGCCAUCUCGAUCUUUCCAACAACUUCUUUAAUGGGUCUUUGCCUGUUUCAAUCUUUAACGCUACUGAACUACAGGUUUUAUCUCUCUCUAACAAUGUGAUUUCCGGUGAGCUGCCGGAGACAAUCAGUGAAAUGAAAAGUUUACAGUUGUUGAAUCUCUCUGAUAACGCCUUGGCUGGGAAAGUACCUCAAAAUUUGACGGCUUUACAGAAUCUGAGCGUUGUUUCUUUGAGAAGUAAUUAUUUUUCCGGCAGUUUGCCAGGUGGGUUCAGUUCAGUUGAAGUGUUAGAUCUGUCGUCAAAUCUAUUUAAUGGCUCUCUUCCUUUAGAUUUUGGUGGUGACAGUUUGCUUUACUUAAACCUUUCUUUCAACAAGAUUUCUGGUUCAAUAUCCCCAGAAUUUGCAAAGCAAAUUCCAAAAAACUCCUCCAUUGAUUUGUCCUUCAACAACCUAACCGGAGCCAUUCCACAGUCUCCCUCUUUGCUCAAUCAGAGACCAGAAUCCUUUGCCGGAAAUGUUCAACUUUGUGGGAAGCCAUUGAAGAACCUUUGUUCAAUUCCUUCAAGUCUUUCCACACCACCGAAUGUUUCAAGUGCUUCACCGGCGAUUGCCGUCAUUCCACGGCCACUAGACUCAGUUCCAGUGACAAACUCUCAAAAUACGCCACCAAAUGCGGCCUCCAGCAGCCAAGCUUCUCAAAGUGGCCUAAAACCAGGCACAAUAGCGGCAAUAGCCGUGGCGGACUUGGCGGGUAUAUCAUUACUUGCUCUUGUAAUUCUUUACGUUUACCAAAUCAAGAAGCGAAAAGGGCUCGUGAGCUCAACAACAACGACAACAGCAAAUUCAACCAACCCAGAAAACAAAAAGCAACCACAGGAGACAACAAUACUUGCAAAAACAGAAAAACCAGCAACAUGGUCGUGUUUAACCAUACAAGGCGAAGAGACAUCAGAAGCCACAACGAGCUCGGACAGUGACCAAGAUAAUUACCACAAUGAGGACACCACAGUUAACAGGCGAGAGGCCAGAGGGGGCAUGCUAGUGACAGUUGAUGGGGAGAGUAAGUUGGAGCUGGAGACAUUGUUCAAGGCAUCGGCGUAUAUUUUGGGUACAAGCGGUUCAAGCAUAAUGUACAAAGCGGUGCUGGGAGAUGGUACUGCAUUUGCGGUUAGGAGGAUUGGAGAUAGCGGCGUCGAGAGAUUGAAAGAUUUUGAAAGCCAAGUGAAGGCCAUUGCAAAGCUGAAGCACCCGAAUUUGGUUAAGGUUCGUGGGUUUUACUGGGGAGAUGAAGAGAAGCUUGUUAUCUAUGACUAUGUCUCCAACGGCAACCUCGCUACUGCUGGUUACAGAAGAGCAGGAUCAUCACCCUACCAUCUUUCUCUAGAAACCAGGCUGAAGAUCGCAAAAGGACUGGCCAAGGGACUUGCCUACAUUCACGAGAAGAAGUUCGUGCAUGGCAACAUUAAGCCAACGAGCAUUCUCUUAAACUCAAAUAUGGAGCCUCUGAUAAGCGAUUUAGGCCUCGAUCGCCUCCUUUCUCUGAGUAGAACAAGUUCCAAAUCCAGCAAUUCAUCGCUCAUUUUUGGCAGUCAAAGAUCGACAAUGACUUCUGCAUAUGAUCACCACCUCACGUCUUCCAGCCCUUACACACCUGCAGGCCCCUCUGGGAGUUCCACCACCUCACCAUAUCAGGCGCCCGAGUCACUGAGGAAUCUCAAGCCGAACCCUAAAUGGGAUGUGUUUUCAUUCGGUGUUGUUUUGCUCGAGCUUUUCACUGGGAGAGUGUUGACGGAGCCAGAGUUGGGACAAUGUAGCAGUGUUGGGUCGAUUUCGGAGGAGAGGAAUAGGAUGUUGCAGCUGGCUGACGUGACGAUAAGGGCUGAUCUGGCAAGAAGAGAAGAAGCCGUGCUGGCAUGUCUAAAGCUAGGGUUUAAUUGUGCUUCUUUUGCACCACAGAAGAGACCUUCAAUGAAAGAGGCAUUGCAAAUCCUGGAGAAGAUUCCAAGUAGCUCUUGAUGGAAGUGACAUGUUUGGUGUGGGUCUUGUAAAAGAGUUUUUCUAGGGCUCUUUUGUUUUGUGUUGAGUUGAAUGUUGGAUAAAUAUCAGAAGGUAGGGAGAUUGUUGAUAAGGGAAAAGUGAUGUGUGUCUGUAUGUUUUAACUAAUGUUAUUAUGCAUGAAAAUUGUUCUUGAUUUAGAUUUUAA